AGUCCAGCAUCAUCAUAAAGCAGUAUAUCAUCAAGGACGGCUUAUCACGGAAGGUUCAUUAAGAAACAAUGGUUACUGGAUAGUAGGUGCUAAAAGGUUGAUCACCAGUAUCAUUAGUAGCUGUGUUACGUGCCGGAAACUUCGAAGGCCCCUGGAACAUCAAAAGAUGUCUGAUCUCCCUAAGGAUCGACUUGUUCCAGGGCCUCCGUUCACCUCCGUAGGUGUUGAUGCCUUCGGACCUUGGUCCGUAGUCACUAGGAAGACGCGAGGUGGAUCAGCAAACUCGAAGCGGUGGGGAAUGCUGUUCACGUGUCUGACGACACGUGCCAUACACGUGGAGGUAACAGAAGAAAUGUCUAGCUCAUCAUUCAUCAACGCUCUGCGACGGUUUGUUGCUAUCAGAGGCAACGUGAAAGAAAUACGUUCAGACUGUGGGACAAACUUUGUUGGAGCUGUGAACGAGUUACACAUUGACAGCGUUAAUGUUGGAGAUGGACCUACUGCCUCUUAUCUCAAUGAUUCUGGCAUCGUGUGGAAAUUCAACGCUCCACAUUCCUCCCACAUGGGUGGAGUGUGGGAGCGAAUGAUUGGGGUAGUUAGGAGAAUACUUGAUUCUAUGUUAAUGGGUGCUGCAGGCAAAAGUCUAACGCAUGAGAUUUUGGUGACAUUCAUGGCUGAGGUGUGCGCCAUUGUCAACUCUCGACCAGUUGCCUCCAUUUCGCAUGAUCCAAAAUCCCCGGAAAUCUUAAGCCCAGCUGUUCUUCUGAAUCAGAAAGUGAAUUACUAUGACCCAGUUACAGCAUUGAAUUUCUCCGAAAGAGACAUCUAUAAGGGUCAUUGGCGCAGAGUCCAGGCCCUCUCUGAAAUGUUCUGGAAGAAAUGGCGCGAAGGUUACCUUCAAACCCUACAGCCACGUAGGAAGUGGCAGGAUGAUCAACGAGACCUCAAGGAAGGAGAUAUUGUGCUUCUCCGAGAUAAAUCACUACCGCGCAACGAUUGGGCGUUAGGAAUCAUUCAAACUGUGUUUAAAAGUGAAUGUGACAAUAGGGUUCGCAAAGCUGAAGUUCGCGUCGCAAAGGACAACAGAGUGACUGUGUUAACGCGUCCGAUAACAGAAAUGGUUCUUCUUCUUGAAAAGUAGACUAUGGACUCUGUAAAUGAAGAACUGUGUAUUCUGGUUGUUUAACAUUUAUAAUUUGUAGUAGAAAAUAGUGAUAUUACUAAUAUCAGACGGGGAGUGUGCUGGACCAGCAGUAGGAAUUACCUCCCUUGGUAUAGCCUACGUCAGUACGUGAUAUUUAGUAGUUGUUUGUCAUGAGUUAUCCCCCGUAGUGUCGCUCUUCGUAUUGCAGAAGAACGCCAGAAAUUAUAAACACGUUUUACAGCGUUACAAGACCGCAGUGCAUUUAGCACAUGUGCAAGCCUAUUUUUUGAAAUGCCUUAAAUCAGAAGUCAGGCUAGGUGUCACCACAGCUUCUUACGGUGUUAACUAUGGUUUUAACUAUAGUGUUAUGUUGAAUAAACAAGUUUGACGUCCGUUAUCUGUCUGUCAUCAUUCAGCAAGAGUGAGUGGCGGAUCAGGGAGGACUUAUCCAUAUUCCAGGAGAAGUCAAUGGCCGUGAUAUCUGCUUUGUAAAAGACACUGGGUCAGCUAUAACCUUGAUUCGGGAAGACCUAGUGGACCCCAGUUGUGUAUUGAAGGGUCAGCGAGAGACUCUGUGUACAGCGACUGGACAGCCGUUUUCAGCCAAGUUGGCUAUAGUUGAUAUGGACACGCCAUAUUACAAGGGACAUGCACAGGUCGGAUUAGUGCCUGAUCUUGUCCCUGAAGCGCUGUUGGGGGUAGACAUCAUAGAGAGACAGUCUAAGUCUGUUAAUGUUAUUACGCGUGCUUAACACCGUAGUAACAUUGCUGCUGAUAAGGUAGCUGUGGUCAAGGAAAAUGAGUGUGGUGUUAAAGUUGGACUGGACCUUGAUGUGGACAUUGAGGAGGACCAUGUGGAUGUCGGUGAUGAGAGUGAUGAUGGACAGGUUAGUG